AUGAGAUCCUCCAGGCCAGCGAUCCAGCAGAAGACACUUCAAGAACCUUCCUCGGUCGUUCCUUUCUCUUCCCAGAGAAUAGCCGAAGUGCUGUCCCACAGACGGAUAACACCUCUUGUCCUCGGACUCCUGUUUUUCAUCCCAGUGCUUGGCAUCAGAGUGCAUCGAUGUCAUGUGCCCACCUUUGGGGUGGAGGCUUUUGAAAGAGGAGGGGACGUCCUCGUCGGGGGCGUCUUCCCACUGCAUUCCCUCCGAGCUGUGAGAAUUACCUUCACCCAGCACCCCAGUCCCGUCGUUUGUGACAGCUUCUCCCUUUGGUUUUACAAGCUCAUCCAAACCAUGGUCUUUGCCACUGAAGAAAUUAAUCAGGACCCCAACCUUUUGCCCAACGUCACGCUGGGUUUCCAGAUCUUCGAUUCGUGCAGCACGAUCUCCCACGCCGUCUUGGGCACCAUGCAGUUCCUCACAGGCCUUCCGAAAGCCAUCCCGAACUUUCGUUGCCGGCGGGAUCCUCUGCCAAUCGGGGUUAUAGCCGAGGCUGGCAUCACGGAGUCCAAAACCAUAGCCAGGUUGUUGGAUCUCAGCAGAUACCCCCAGAUCAGCUACUUCCCUACCGGCCCAGCGACAGACGACAGAUCCCAGUUCCCAUCUUUCUUCCGCACAGCGCCUAGCAACAAACUCCAUGCCCUUGGCCUAGCUCGGCUGGUGAUCCAUUUCGCCUGGACGUGGAUCGGACUGCUCAGCGAAGACUCCGAAUACGGGAAGCAAGGCGUCGAGGUGGUGAAAGAACAGAUCCUCAAGAGGAGCAUUUGCGUGGCCUUCGAGCACACGCUUCCCGUCCCGCCUAACCCGACCAGCAUCGUGGGAGCCAUUGCAGAAUCCCGCGCCCGUGUUGUUGUAGCUUUCUGCGGCCUUGAGGUGUUACCCAUACUGAAGCUGCUGUAUUGGCAGGGCGUAAGAGGAAGGGUGUGGUUGUACACGGAGACCAUGAGCCAGAUUGCCGUCUCCAAGAAUGAGGCCUUUCAGAUACCCAGCGGCUCCCUGGCCGUCAUGUUCCACAAAGAAGUAGUUCCAGGCCUGAAGGACUUUGUCCUCUCUCUCCAUCCUUCUCGUUCCCCAGAAGAUGUCUUUAUCCAAGAGUUCUGGAGCAAGAUCUUCCACUGCAGGUGGAACACAAGCUUUGGAGAGGGAACCAAUAACACCCACCUCUGCACAGGGCAGGAGAGCUUGGGGAAUGGCACAAACUCCUUUCUCGGCAUGCCCGGCUUUGGCUUGGCAUUCGGCGUCCACAACGCGGUCUAUGCCAUCGCCCAUGCCUUGCAUAACAUGGUACAGGAGGAGUCAAAAGGACCAAAGUCCUUUGGAAACAGGACGCAAGUGGGAAUUCGUGGUCUCAAGUCUUGGAAGUUGCUACAGUAUUUGAGGAAAGUCCAUUUCAAGAACAAGGCAAGCGAGGAAGUCUUUUUUGAUGAACACGGUGACCUCCCUGGCUAUUUAGAUGUCUUCAAUACGAACUUCCUCUCUGAGGUCGACUUCCGAAUUAGGUUGGUUGGAAGAAUUGCUUUCAGCCCCUCUCAAAUCCAAGAGCUGGAGGUGAACGAUAGCGCCAUCUUGUGGCCUGGAGGAGGCACAAAGAUCCCCGUCUCUGUGUGCACGCCAAGCUGCCCAAAAGGCUACCAUAGAUCCCAGCUGGCACAUCAAGCGACCUGCUGUUUUGACUGCGUACCGUGUGCAAGUGGGGAAAUUUCAAACCAGACUGACUCGUCCAUCUGCACAAGGUGCCCGGAAGACCAGUGGCCAGAUCAAGGGCAAACGUGGUGCAUCCCCAAAAGGGAACUCUAUCUUCCUGUCUCUGAGCCCCUGGGAGCCGGCCUGGCCGGCGCCUCCGUCUGCGGCUCCCUUCUGCCCGUCUUGACACUCAUCCUCUUCAUCACACACCGGGACACCCCGCUCAUCCGGGCUAACAGCCGCGAACUCAGCUACCUGCUUCUGGCAGGACUGACCGUUAGUUUCCUCAGCUGCCUGCUGUUUCUGGGCCGGCCCACCCAUAGCAGCUGCCUACUGCGUCCAGCGGUCUUUGGACUGACCUUCACCCUCUGUCUCUCCUGCCUCCUGGCCAAGACGCUGAUGGUGGUGGCUGCUUUCAGGGCCACUGACCCCGGCAGCUGCAUGAGGCAGUGGCUUGACUCCCGCGUGGCCCGUGCCGUGGCCCUAGGGGGCUGCCUCCCUCAACUCCUGUUGUGCACACUGUGGCUAGCAGUCUCCCCUCCCUCCCCCAGGAAAGACACGUCCUCCGUUCCCCAUGCUGUGACACUGCUGUGCGACGAAGGUUCAGUUGCUGCAUUCUGGGCCAUGCUCUUGUACCUGGGCCUGUUGGCCGGGCUCAGCUUGGUUGGGGCCUUCCUGGCACGGAACCUCCCCGACGCCUUCAACGAAGCUUGGCUGAUCUGCUUCAGCUUGCUGGGCUGCCUCGGCGUCUGGCUGGCGUUCGUGCCUGCCUACCUCACAGCGCGAGGGUGGUCCGUGGCAGCCACGGAGGCCUUCGCUAUCCUAGGCUCCAGCACGGCCUUGCUUAGCGGAAUGUUCUUUCCCAAGUGUUUUAUCCUUUUGUGGCAUCCGGAACUGAACACCCGGGGCUACCUCAUGAGGAAAGGGAAAGGCUCUGCCGUUUAA